AUGGCUUCGGAGGUAUUUGACCUCCUCGUCCUGACGGACGCCACUGCGUCCAUGAGUAGCUACCUUCGGGCCCUCAAUCAGUCUUUGCCCGAGAUUCUUCGAGUAUCCGCCCUAACAGACUGCUUCUCUCGUAUUGGCGUCAUGGCAUACCGUGACUACUCGGCCGACAUGGUUACCGAGUGGUCUGGCUGGUACGGCGAUGGCGAAGAUACUAUCACACAGUCGAAGCUCCUCUCCAUGGCCAAGAGCAUCCGCACCGACUCAGGACGUCACAGUAUCGACUGGCCCGAGGCUGCGAAGACCGGUCUCGCACGCGCCUAUAGCGUCAUGAGACCAGAAGCUACCACGAUCAUUGUUCUCUACGCAGACGCUCCGCCCCAUACUCUCGGCAUUGCCAGCAGAAACAGAGACACCGAAAUCAAGAACCUGUCUAAGGCGGACUCCUUCAACGGCGUUGGCAACCUAUUCACCGAUUGGGUCUCCGGAGCCAAGGCCCUCCAGGGCGAGAAUAAGGCCAAGGUCUUCUCUAUCAUACAGGGGGCCAUCGCUGACACCCUGUCUCCGUUCCUGUUCCUAUCCCAUCUGACGGGUGGCGUCUGUUUUAAGCUGGAUAUCGGGGAUGCGAGUGUCACCACUGCUGAUGCCAUUUCCCAGCUGACAAUCGGCAUCCUCCUGUCAUGGAUGGGUGUCGGAAAGCUGGGAACCUCUGCUUCCGGAGAGCGGAAGUUUGCCAAACUGCUGCAGUACCGAGAUGCAGCAGCGAUCCAGAACAGUACCCAUGAAGGUGACGGAGACACGACUGGCAAAUACUUUCCAGUCAGCCAAUCAACAAAUGCGGAGUAUGUUGUUGAGGAGAACAUCGAGUCCCGCAACCCUACUCUUAACGAGUUGCAUACUGUAGUCGAUGCCAGGAAGACCCCAGUCAUGGAUUUCUCGAAGAGAUACAUGGCCGAUACAGAUUACCAAGGAUUCGUUAUCGACCAGCUCAAGUCGCUCAUCGAUGCAGAUGUUGCUGCUAUUGCGGUGAACCCCAUCUUCGGGACUCUUUGGCGUACCGUCUGCAAUGACCGCGAAAACCCAGCCCGAGAUGGUCUCAUUCAGUCCUUCGGCUACGCAGUUGAUCGAAUCUCCGAGCCUGAGAAGAAGAGUCGGAUGAAGACUUGGCUAGAAGAGUCGUACGAUUAUGCUGCAGAAAUCCUCGACAUCAUCAGCCAGGUCCCCAACGAGGAGAGAUACCCCUGCGUAUUCUUGGAUCCGACCGUAUGUUUCACAAACGAGGGCAAUGGUGACGACGGUGACGACCACCAGGCCAAAAUCUCUAGCAGGCAAGGUGUCGCUGGCUUCACGCGCGACGAGCUGAUGGAGAUCGGUCGUUCUUGCGACUCUCGCAUUCUCCGCCGACUUGGUCGAGUGCUCACGCGACUUACCUAUGUCCAGUCUGAGGACACCCUGCCUGCUCACAUGAAAGGUAACGAGGAGAUUAUUCGGAUUCCAAUGGCACUUGCGAAUGCGAAGUACCAGCGCAAGUUCUGGAGAAUACUCCUUCACCUCAUUCUUCCUGGAACAAUGCUGGCAGCCCGACCGGGAGCGCUUCUAGCCGCACUUUCUCUGCGUAUAGGUUUGAAGCCCCUCACAGAAGCCGCUGACCAGGAACUCCUAUUCUUCAGCAAGAAGUGGAACAACUUGGACAUACCGGAAACUUGGAACGCAAGCUGCCUUUCGUUGCUUCUUGACGCCGACAGAGACUACGAGAAGCGAAUUACCGAAGGCAUCACCCAUCGCUACAGCCACGACGCCUGCAUCCUGCUGGAGGGCGAUCGUCAGCUGUUCCGGACUCUAGUUGACUACAAGCUACUUGAGCUCAACCUCAACACCACGCUCCAGGCCAAGGUUGGUUGGCAUCCGGAGAAAUCCAAAGUCGCUCUUGGGCCUGUUGUGAUCUGCAAAAGCUGCAGCUUCCCUCGCUCAGUCACAAUAAUGGGGCGCGACGGUGUCUGCGGUCUCUGUCCUCAGACGUGCAGCUGCAAUAUCUGCCAGCCCUUUGACGAUGAAAAGCUAAGGAGGGAGACGAACGUCCAUGCUGAUGACAAUGAGAAGACGGAAGGCACAUGGGUCGAGUGUUUCACUCCGACCUGUCGUGCCCAAUACGUUGUCUACAACCCAGACGCUCUGAACGUGCGUCCCAAGUGCUACUACUGCCGACACGGUAACUCGUCUAAUGCCCCCUGGGUUGAGUGCUCGCAGUGCCUGAACCGCAUUAUGUGGCCAAAGACGUACCGCCCUUCUGACUUCGAUGCCGCCAGCUUCAGAUGUCCUGGAUGCGUAACGAACAAGGUCACUAUAAUUGACUACGAAACUUCUGCCAAAAGCUUGAGCGGAGAAAACGGCACAUCAUGGCUUCUUUGCAACGAAAACGGUGCCAUUAAAGAACCUUUCAACGGCCGAUCUCUCUUCCACACCAUCUCAGCAGUCUCGGACCGACAGUCUUUGGCAACCAAUGUACAGAUUCUUCCAGCUGGAGCUGGACAGUCUACUCACCUGACUAUCCGUGGCAAGGUGGUGCACAACCAAGCGGAGGUGUUCGACUCGCUUCGUUCCUGGGUCGAGUCUCGGAAAACAGAGGCUGGGGAGUGUACUUUGUGCUUCUCCAAUAUUCGAAAGACCGAUUUGCGUCAGGCAUGCGGUCGCUCAGGCUGCCAUCAGACCAUCUGCAGUGGAUGCUUGGAAGACUGGUAUGGUCUCAACUCUAGGGGCAGGAUUAUCAAUAUCGCCGCUCUAUCGUGCCCUUUCUGUCGCCGCCAGCCAACCCGCAAAACAGUAUCCGCCUUGGGUCUGUCGCAGCUCGGAAACCUUGGCACUGCCGUGGAAGAAUCCGGAUCGUGGAUAUAUGCUUGGUGCGAUGACUGUGGCCUCGCUCGUCGCUUUGUCGAGAGGGUGUGCGCGGCUGGGGCGCCCCAAGAAGUGUUCAACUGGUGUUGCGAUGAGUGCAAGGAGAUGAAGGGCACGAAGCUGCAGCUCAGAAAUUGCCCUGGCUGCGGCACUCUAACAGAGAAAAUGGGUGGAUGCGACCACAUUGCCUGCACCUGCGGCGCCCACUGGUGCUUCUUCUGUGGAGAGAAUGUAGGACUCGCCGACAUCUACGAUCACAUGGACCGUGUACACAAUGGUUGGUGGAAUGGCGAGGACGAAGAACGCGAUGAUGUGUAUUAA